UCCAACCGAACGAAAAUUUCAAACCCGUUCGAGCCUUUGAAGCAACCGGAAGCACUUUUUGCUCCCGAACAACUUUCAAGACAGCCUGUUUGGAAGAAGAAGCUCUUUUCAACACCACCAAAUUCAAUCCAAAGUUGCACAAGCUUUGAAAUCAUGGACCAACGGCUGGACCAACUCGGAGAGCCCACGGAUGCCGCCCGCCGUCGGCGCCGGUCCGCGAUGGGAGGAAUGGCCUCGGCACCGCGUCGCCGGUCCCGUUCCCGCAGGCGAUCCGCGUCUAGGGGCGCCAGCACCACCCGUCGGUCGCGUUCUCGGGGAGGUUCCCGUCGGCGGCGUAGCCGCAGCCGCCACUAGGUUCUUCACGGGGGAUUUUUAAACGUACGGCGGGGGGUCCAAAAUUUGAACCAAUAAAAUUCGAAAAUUUA